AUGACGACUCCAAGUUCGGAACUGUGUGACGUGAUGGCUUCAAUGGCCAGAUCACCAGUUCUGUUGUCCGCGUUGAUGGUGUGCGAUGUGUGCUGUAUCGCCGCCGUUCCACUGCUCUCAUAUUGGCUUGUACGAGUAUGGAAGAUGAAGUUAAUGCACUACAACACAAGACUACUUGUAUGCUUCCAUAUCGCCUGGUUAUUGGUCCACGUGAUCGGCAGGUCCGUUUUGCACACAAUGGAUCUUAUUGUUUUCCUGAUGCCAUUUAAAAGUGGUUGUGAUGUGCUGCAUACAAAAAUUCAAUGUUUCUUUCUCCGCCUAUCGUAUAAUAUCGGCCUGAUUUCAUCGAAUUGUUCAGCUAUAUUCGUAUCGCUUGAACGAUUAAUCGCUACAUUAUAUUUUCGUAAUUACGAAGGAAGUUUUCGAAAUGUUGGCUAUUUUUUGUUGCUAAUGCAGGUUUUAUUGAGCAGUUCUCUUCUUAGUGUUAUAUAUGCACCUACAAAACUUGACAAUAGCCCGCUCUUGUACUGUCAAACCACAUCAACGUCGAAUUUUAUGUGGACAAUCUAUCCAUUCAGUUUUCUUCUUGGAAUGCAACUCUUGUCUGUGAUCAUUUUUGAGGUGGCCAGUAAAAAAAAUAGGGUGCUUGGGUUUUCGAUAAUCCCACAGGCAAAUCCUUCAAAAGAUAAUCUGUAUCCGCUUUCUGGAAAGGAAGCGGACAAAUAG